UAACUCUGUCCGGAGGAUCGUAUCUUCGUCUUCAAUGGUAUCACAUGGACGGAUAUUUACAGCUACAAGUUCAUCAAGGGGCUUUGCCACCACUGGAGAUUCUGUCCAACCGUUUGAUUCGGCUUCUGAUGCACCUCCAAGGAUCAAAUUCAAAAGGCUUGAUAAGACUGCAAAGCAUAUAAUGCAGAUUCUAGAUAAGGAGGCAGUUGAGGAAGUGAGAGCUCAAAGAGAGAUACCUGAUAUAAAGCCCGGUUACAUUGUUCAGCUCAAAGUGGAAGUGCCUGAGAACAAGAGGCGUGCUUCAAUUGUGAAAGGCAUUGUCAUAGCAAGACGUAAUGCUGGUCUCAAUUCUACAUUUAGGAUUAGGAGGCUUGUGGCUGGAGUUGGAGUUGAAUCGAUGUUUCCCUUGUAUUCCCCGAACCUGAAGGAGAUUAAGGUGCUGGACAAGAAGAAAGUUAGAAGAGCCAAACUUUACUACCUCAGGGACAAGAUGAAUGCACUCAAGAAGCACUAAUCUUAGCAUUUCCCUGCCAUCCCUCGUCCUUUUUUGGAAGGAUUUUCGAGGUAGAUUUCCAUAUUUUUCCAUUUCUUGUCUGAUCGAUCUUCGAAAAUAAAAUGCUGUAGACGAUGUUUGUUUGCCUCACAAAAAGUUUUGUGCUCCUUA